GUACAAUCAAAAUAAUCUAACAAUUUUUACAACUUUUAAAAUUCAAUUAGGAUAGGAGUGUAAUCAACUUUAACUUUGUCUUUUUUUAUAGUAGUCUGUGACUAUUAUACACACGAAAGAUACAGAUUAAUUAAUAAGGUUUAGAAAUGAUUUAUAAAUGGUGGCAUUCAUUCAUAAGAAAAAGAACAAAACCUAUUCCUGAAGACUUUGCAGUACUAUGGAAAAAACGACUGAGUUUAGUUUACGGAUUUCUUGCAUGGAAUGCAUUUGGUUUGGUAGUUUAUUCCAUUUAUCAAGGCAAAUCCGACUGGGCUCAUUAUUACGGAUUCAAAUCUGACGAAGACAAAAACAUGUCCCCUGGCUAUUCUUGGGCAAAUACCCUAGGUAUUAAAAAUGCCAAAGUAAUAAGAAUUUCUGGAAUAUCAAAAGUAGAUGAAUAUGAUAUUGUUGAUGGAAAAGAAGUUAGAUCUAAUAGAAGCAAUAAUUAAUCAAAUAAAACAGUGCAUGUUAUAAUUUUGUAAGCAAUAAUUUAUUGU